GCUGCUUACAAUAACAAAGCGUAACGUGGGUGACUGACAGUUGUCGGUCUCUUGCUACUGUCAACCUAUGACUACCGGGCAGUCACGCCGACGUCACGCCCCUCUGUUGGUCGCGAUCGUUGGGUUGCACCUAAAGGAUCAGCUAUGAGUGUCCACGAAGGUUUCGAUUGCACCGAUGAGAUGACCCUCAUUUUUGAGCAGUACAGUGCAUUGAAAGGUCUCACCGCCGCAGAGUGUUCGGGACUCUUCUGGGAUGCCGUAGUCUUCUCAGUAGGAGAUGCAGCCCAACGUGAAGCGAUCGAGACCCGGAUACAGCAGCUGAAAGCGGAUAAGGCCAUCCCUUUAGUUGACUACAUCGCCCUCGAAGACGAUGCAUCCUAUAAAAUGGGAUCAGGGGGAGCCACCAUGAACAUUCUGACUAUGCUCAAAAGCCUAUGGAACGAGGAUUUGUUCAGCAAGAAAAUAUUGCUCAUUCACACCGGAGGACAAUGCCGGCGCCUGCCUCAACACUCGGCUGUAGGGAAGUUGUUCGCUCGACUUCCCUGCGGACGGAUGUUGGACAUCAAAUUAGCGAUGUAUCUACCUUUCUGUAGGAAGAUGUCCUCGGGUGUUUUCCUCACAGCAUCUGAUGACAUAGAAACAUUCGCAGUAGACGGACCUCAUGCUAUCGAGAAAUCCGGCUUCACGGUAUUGGCACAUCCAUCGAAUCUUUCCAUCGCCAAGGAUCAUGGAGUGUACAUCCUUCCGGAAUCAAUCUAUGCAGCAUGUACCAUCGCAUCUUGUUUGAGGGUGCUUCAGAAACCGUCGCUGGAUGAGAUGCGAGCUGCGAACGCAAUCGUCGACGGGGAUUCCGCCUUCACCGACAGCGCCUAUGUUUUUGGUGCUGACGUCAUGAGAUGCCUCAUCGAAUAUUACGAGUCUAACCGGCCAUUGAACAGGGAAAUUUGUGCCUACGGGGAUUUCCUGACCUGCCUUGGGAGUGGAGCUCCGAAGUCAACGGAUAGCUUACAGAGAGAACUCCAAAAGUUCCCUAUAAGAGCGAUUGUCUUGGCUCGAUCCAACUUUUAUCAUAUCGGCACUCUGACAGAGUAUUUAGAUAAUCUGUGCAGCAAUGUCCUCUUCAAGAAACAAAUCUCAAUUGACCAGAGUCCGAACAUAAACAUACUCUCUCGCCUAUCCGCUCAAGGGGUGGUGUUCAGGGGUCGUUGCGUAAUCGAAUGCUGUGAUUUCGGCGACUGCAGUGAGCUCAGCGUGGGGGAUGAUGUCAUUCUGUGGGGCUGCCAACUUCAGAGUGGGAAAGUCGUCGUUCCGGAUCGUGUCGUGCUGUUCACGGUCCCGAUCAAAGUCCCUCCUAAUCAUAAUGUGGGGUAUGUGACUCUCUGCUUUGGCAUCCACGACGAUAUGAAAACGGGGACGAAAUUGUUCGGCCGACAUGCAGUCGAGAAUUUGUGGACAGCGAAACUAUUCGAAUUAGCCAACAGUAGAUCCGAAUCAUUCCUCAAGACAUUGCACAACAUCGCCACGCCACAAGUUCGUGAGUCUUUCUUCAGUAUGGAAGAUGUUCUUGAAUACAAAUUCAUCCAAGGUAUAAUAGAAUGGGAGAGAACUCUGGACUCUUCUUGA